CAGGGGGAAGAGGAGGAGCAGCAGCCAGUGGGCCGACCACCCAUCCCCCAGACAGAGCUGGAGUACCAGGGCCCCAACGACCACCACCACCAGGCAGCACAGACAGGGGGAAACAUUGCAGACAGGACAGCCAGCACCUAACAACGUAGGGAGCACCGUGACUGCUGCUAUAUAGGAAACCAGAGCUAUAAGACCCCCAGCUCCCUCCGUGUAACAGAGAUAAUAGAGGUACUGCUGGACUGUUACCUCCUCCCCACCCCAAUUCCACUUCCCCAUCAGCUGACAGUGUCAGUGCACUCACCCCCUAUCACCUGGCAAGAGGGGGCUCUCCCUCGAGGAACGUUCUAAUACAUACAAACAGCUGCUGGUCAUUGGAAUUUAUUGUAUCAUCAUCAUUCUUUUUAUUAUUAUUCCUGUAUUGUGGGAGGCUGACUGCGGUUAGUAGAUCAGGGCUCAGGCUGGGGCUGCCUGCUAGGCGGAGGACAGAGAGGAUGUUAAACGUGGAGAGCUUGGAUCGGGUGGAUCUCUGCGAGAGUCUGUUGACGUGGAUACAGACAUUUCACGUAGAGGCACCAUGUAAAACUGUGGAAGACUUAACGAGUGGAGUAGCGAUGGCUAUAGUCCUUCAAAAAAUCGAUCCUGCAUACUUUGAUGAAAACUGGUUAAAUAGAAUUAAAACAGAUGUUGGAGACAAUUGGAGACUUAAGAUCAGUAACCUGAAGAAGAUUUUAAAAGGCAUCUUGGAUUACAAUCAUGAGAUUCUGGGACAUCAGAUAAAUGACUUUACACUUCCGGAUGUUAAUUUGGUUGGAGAGCACGCAGACGCAUCUGAACUUGGCAGAAUGUUGCAACUUAUUCUUGGCUGUGCUGUAAAAUGUGAACAAAAGCAAGAGUACAUCCAAACAAUCAUGAUGAUGGAGGAGGCUGUACAACACAUGGUGAUGACUGCCAUUCAGGAGUUGAUGAGUAAAGAAACGCCUGUCUCUAUUGGAACCGAUGCAUACGCUGAGCUUGAUCGCCAGUUAAAGAAGGCAACUGAAGAGUUAAAUGAUGCUUUAUCAGCGAAAGAAGAAAUUGCACAGCGGUGCCAUGAAUUAGAUAUGCAGGCGUAUGCUAUUCAAGAAGAGCGAGAUAAACUGAGAUUUGAAUGUAAUGAGCUAGAAGAAAGGGUUGCUGGUCUUCAAGAGGAGAAGAGUAGUUUGCUUGCUGAGAACCAGAUUUUGAUGGAACGAUUGAACCAGUCAGAUUCUUUAGAAGAUCCCAAUAGCCCAGCUGGACGUAGACAUUUGCAACUUCAAACGCAACUUGAACAACUCCAGGAGGAAACCUUUAGGCUUGAAGCAUCCAAAGAUGAUUACAGGAUACGAUGUGAAGAGCUGGAAAAAGAAAUAACAGAAUUAAGACAACAGAAUGACGAUUUAACAACUCUUGCAGAUGAAGCUCAGUCACUUAAGGAUGAAAUGGAUGUAUUAAGGCAUUCCUCUGAUAAGGUGUCCAAACUGGAAAGUCAAGUAGAGUCCUAUAAGAAAAAACUGGAGGAUCUUGGGGAUUUACGAAGGCAAGUGAAGCUUUUGGAGGAGAAGAACACAAUGUACAUGCAGAAUACGGUCAGUCUUGAAGAGGAACUCAGGAAAGCCAAUGCUGCCAGGAGUCAGCUGGAAACCUAUAAGAGACAGGUAGUAGAACUUCAAAAUAGACUUUCUGAAGAGUCUAAAAAAGCUGACAAAUUGGAGUUUGAAUACAAAAGACUAAAGGAAAAAAUUGACAGUUUACAGAAAGAAAAAGAUAGAUUAAGAACAGAAAGGGAUUCUCUGAAGGAAACUAUUGAAGAGCUCCGAUGUGUACAAGCUCAGGAGGGACAACUCACAACAGCAGGGUUACUGCCAUUGAGUAGCCAAGAACCUUCUGACAGCUUAGCCGCAGAGAUUGUUACCCCUGAAAUAAAGGAGAAACUUAUCCGUCUUCAACAUGAAAAUAAGAUGUUAAAAAUAAACCAAGAAGGUUCAGAUAAUGAAAAAAUAUCACUUUUACAAAGUUUACUAGACGAUGCAAACAUGCGCAAAAAUGAGUUGGAGACAGAGAACAGACUGGUAAACCAGAGGCUAUUGGAAGUCCAGUCUCAAGUAGAAGAACUUCAGAAAUCCUUACAAGAACAAGGCGCAAAAGCUGAGGAUUCAAUUCUUUUGAAGAAGAAGCUUGAAGAACAUCUGGAAAAGCUUCAUGAAGCCAACAAUGAACUACAGAAAAAACGUGCAAUUAUUGAAGAUCUGGAACCGAGAUAUAACAAUAGCUCACUGAAAAUUGAAGAAUUGCAAGAUGCUUUGCGUAGGAAAGAUGAUGAUAUGAAACACAUGGAAGAGCGCUACAAAAGAUAUCUAGAAAAAGCAAAAAGUGUUAUUCGCACAUUGGAUCCAAAGCAGAAUCAAGGGACGGGCCCAGAGAUACAAGCUUUAAAGAACCAACUGCAGGAAAGGGACAAGAUGUUCAUUUCUUUAGAGAAAGAAUUUGAGAAAACAAAGACACAAAGAGACCAAGAAGAGAAAUUGAUUGUUAGCGCUUGGUACAAUAUGGGUAUGGCAUUGCAUAAAAAGGCUGCUGAAGACAGACUUGCAAAUACAGGCUCUGGACAGUCAUUCCUGGCCAGGCAAAGACAAGCAACAAGCACGCGGAGGUCUUACCCAGGUCACGUCCAGCCAGCCACAGCGAGUGAUGUGAUUGCAUGAUCUCAUCUUGGUUUUGCAGUAUGGGGCUGCUCGUUGCAUGAUAAUUUUUUAUUGUUCGGACCUCCUAACCUACAGACUAACCAACUUUAGGUGCUGCAAGCUAACACACAUUGCCUAUGAGAACAAAGCUUGAAUAUAUUAUCUGUUUUUUGUUUUGUUUUUUUGUCCCUCUUAGUUCCUCAGUCCUAGUAGCCUGCCGAUCAGGUAUGGUGCACAUUUUAACCAUGUUUUUAAAAAAUGAUUUAGCGUUUAAAACAUUUUGCUUUAUACGUUUAAGUGGGAAUGCGAGUGCUCAUAUAAUUCUUACACUAAAUAUGUGGCUUCAAAAUACAUAUUUAAAUACAUUAAAAAUAAGGAAUCAAAGAAUGUGGGCAAAUCCUAGUAUGUAUGAUUUGAAUGAUGCCCGACUAAGUAAGACUGAUUUAUUGAGCUGCAGUCCUCACAAGUUUCAACCUUGCAUUUAAAGGAACCACUACCCAUGCCUAAAUGACAGCCUUGGUUUUAUGAAGGAGUGUGUAUAUAAGUCCAUAAUUGUUUAUUUUACACUUUAUCUUGUAUAAUUCUUUAUAAUUUGCAACAUGUACAUUUUGGUGUUUAACAAAGAACAAUAUUUUUAUGUUUACAUUUCAUGUUUUGCUUUUCUUAUAAGAUUUUAUGCUAAAUUAUAUCCUGCUGCUUAUUGUAUUAUAUUAUGUUAUAGAUUCUUUGUUUCUAAAAUACUUUGUAAUUAAUUUCCAUAUACUGGCUGCCUUAGUAUUUUAUUUAAACGAACCAUACUCUUACAUCAAUGUAUAUCUACUCACAUCUAUUUAUAAAAAAAAAAAAUGUAUUUGUGUGUAGACAUAGAAAAUUGCUGCCUGUUUUAUUUUAUAAAAUUAAUUAAAAUUAAAUUUUCUUUCGUCAGUAUUACAUAUAGACAAACAAAACAUAAGCGUUACAUUUUUUAAAACUUCAAAAUAGCUUUAAUGUACUUUUCAUUUUAUUUGAUCUAUUUUAAUUUUGCUGUUCUCUAAAUAAAAUUUCAUAUUUCUGCGAAUUUGGAAAGCUGGAGACUGGUUGUACAUUUUAAUGUUUUCUUUUCUUAUUAUUAUUUAGGAGACCUACAUAAUGUAACUUAUGGCUCUGUUGAGUUAAAAAGAUUGGACUAUUUAAUAUUUUACCUUCCCCUGGAGGGCACCAUUUCCUUUUGUCGUAACAUUUUAGCCAUUUCCCCACAAUUGCUAAAAAAAAAAAAACGAUAGCAUGCUUCCAGGCCAAAGAUAUUCAAAGCUGUUAUAUAGCAUCAUAAUCAAGGUUAAGUUUUAGCAUUUUUCUAAAAUAUUAUUAUAAUUAG